UCCAGCAGCUUCCGAGCUUUGAGUCUCUGACGGACGCCGGGACGCGGAAUCGCUCCGCGCCGCCGCCACCCGCCAGGCCGCCCGCCCGCGCCGCCACACCUUCAGCCGCGCCACGCGGUGCCGCCCGCCGCCCGCUGCCCCCGGUCCGCCCCGCGCCCGCGGCCCGCGCGUUCGGCCGUCGCCCACUGGGCGAGAUCCCGCAGGAGCCGGCCUGCUCCAGCUGUCUGCUGUCUGCUGUCUGCUGCGAGGUCCGACUGUCCGAGUCUCCGAGGAAAGCACCUCACCCCAAAAUGAAGCACAUAUUCAAGAUUGCUGCAAUACUGAUAGCAAUCUCAGCUAUCUGGAUUGCUCUACUUGAAACCUCAACUGUUCCUCGAAGUUAUACUUGGCUGCUUCCCAUCUACUUGGUAGUGGCUCUUGGAUGCUACGGCCUUUUUAUGGUUGGAUUUGGACUUAUGCUCUUCCCAAGUUGUCCUCAAGAAGCUGUACUACUGCAACAGGAUAUUGUGGAGGCAAAGGAAUUCUUAGCAAAGAAGGGUGUUGAUGUGGGCUCAAUUUUAAGUGGUUGACAGUCAUGACCGUCUUGAAGGAUCACCAUUCUGUUCCUAGGAAUAUAUUGCUUUUUUGGAUACUUACUGUAGAUAGGAAACAUAUCAUUUCACUAUGUUCAGCUAUUAUUAACACAGUUUCCUAACUCAGUGAGUUGGCAUGUUUACAAUUGUGCUUUUGUCAAUGAUGGGGCUCACUAAGUUCGAAAAGUGAACUUUUCUAGGAAUAUUUGGUUUCUAUCUCGAUUCCCCGUCAGUGGACCCUUUACCAAUUCUGCUGUUCAGUACAUCCAUCACCUUAUGCCUUAA